GAGAGAGGGAGAGGAAUAAGUGAUGGUGAGUUUACAGAGUACCUGUCAGUUUGUCUCCUGUCUUUCAGUCCAGUGAAAGUCAAGCUGUCUUGGAGACCUGAAGAACAGUCAGACAGUUAGUGAUCAUCAUGAUGUCUGAUUCCAGGGUGUCCUCUGUGAUCCAGGAGUGGGCCGGUUCAUAUCCGGGUCAGAACCACACCCUGAACCCGACCUCAGUGUCCAAUCAGAUGUCUCAGAUGGACAUGAUGCCGUACGGCCAGGCUCAGGGGCUGAUGCGGGGUAGCGCUGAUGACAGGGUGUCUGAGCAGAUGAUGGGACUGUCUUAUCUGCCCUACUCGUCUUCCUGUCUCAGCAACACCUCAAGUGCAGGAAACACAGACCACCACCAGAGCCACGGCAACACGCAGCAGGACUUCUCGUCCUUCCUCAUGCCCACUCUCCGGACCCCGGUGAACAAGAGGAGCAUCAGCAAGGACAGUGCGGAGUACCGCCUGCGGAGAGAGAGGAACAACGUGGCCGUGAGGAAGAGCAGGGAUAAGGCACGCCGGAGGAUCCUGCUGACCCAGCAGAGGGCCCUGCAGCUGCAGGAGGAGAACCAGAAGCUGAAGAUCAGGAUCGGACAGCUGACACAGGAGCUGGACUCUCUGAAACACAUCCUGUCACAGCGGCACCUGCAGGGAGCCGAGGGGGGGGCUGCAGGGGAGGCCGGUAUCUAGAACAACCAUUUGUAAUACUCAUCGGAAUCAGAUUCAAUAUCAAUGUCUAGACAGGUCCCCAAAUGUCUUCUGCGGAAUUUAGCAUCUAUUUGUGAAAAAGUAAUGUAUAGAAUAAGCAGGCAUACAUUUGAAGAGGAAGGGUUUUGCAGUUGCAGAUUUUCAGGAUUGUUUAAAUGUGGAGGCACAGAAGGAUCCAGGACAGCAGUCUUAGGGGGCACAUGGGAACUCUGCAUCCGUAACAUAAAUAUAUACAGCAUUCAAAUUUGGCUUGGAAAAAGUUAGUUUUCGCAGUGCCCUGUGUCCUUUUACAGUUGGUAGUUCAUUUAAAGUGUCACUGUAAGGCCUGGAUUCGACCCUCGUACUCUGGCCCAAAGGUUUUGGGGGUUUCCAAUCAUAUUAAGGGGGUUUUAACCCCAUGCAACUUCCUGCUGACCUCGGUUUUUGUGAAAAUGUGUGGAUAAUGCUCUGCUUGCUGGACUUUUUAAAUAAAUGAAAUAAUCACCUGAAACAAGAAACGUUUCAGUCCUAAUGUAAAUCAGUCACAAGUGGUUUGAAUGUAGAUGCCAUUGUCUAUUCUGAACUGUGGAUGAGGAGACUGGAGAGUGUAUAUAAACUGUAUGCAAGGGGUAAAAUAUGAGAAUAUUUAAAAUCUGAUGUAAAAAAAAUCCUAAUUAGUGCAAGAAUGCACAAGAAUCUGCACACAAAUUCCAAAUGAACCAUCCUUAAACCUCCUGAAGACAACAUAUUUAAAAUUCAAGGAUUCAGAUAAUUCAUUUUCAACACAGGGUUGCAAAACAAAAUGCAGUGGUAGCUUCUUAUGCUACACAAGAAGACAGGAGUCAUUCUCAUGGAGCCUUUAAGAAACCCUGUGCAUUCUUCAGAUUUCUUGUUUUAUAUGAUUUUAAAACAUUGCCCAAUCAUACACUUGACACUUCUUGUCAUUGUCGGAGAUGAUUGUAAAUGUUGUUGCCUAACAAGGUUACACAACUACCUGUGGUUUGUAGGGGAUUGAAUGCAAAUCUAAAUGUCUCUAUAUAUACUCUUAUCUUUUGUCACUAAGUGCGUGUGGAAUUACUUGAAAGAAUGUUUUAACUCGUUUUUAAACUUGAAUGUUGACUGUGUUUUUACAAUCAUGCAUUGUUAUAGCAAUACUUUGUGAAAGAUUUUCUCUAAAUAAACUGAUUAUUGAAAUUAA